GAAUUGAGUUUUUUCCUGACUGAAGCUCCUUCACUUCCGGUAUGGAGAUGAAUCGAGGAAAACUGUGUACCAGUAAAGCUGAUGCACGCUCAGAAUCUGCUUAUCAUUGCUCAGCAUGUCAUGAUGAUGAGGAGUGGAGCAGUACUAGCCGGGGUCGAGCUAAGUCACGAAGCCUGUCUGCUUCACCAGCCCUAGGAAGCACCAAAGAAUUCCGGAGGACACGCUCCUUGCAUGGACCAUGCCCAGUGACCACCUUUGGACCAAAGGCCUGUAUGCUGCAAAAUCCUAAAACGAUCAUGCACAUUCAGGACCCAGCAAGCCAGCGGUUGACAUGGAACAAACCUCCCAAGAGCGUUCUUGUUAUUAAAAAGAUACGUGAUGCUAGUCUGCUGCAGCCUUUUAAAGAACUCUGUGUGUAUCUUACUGAGGAGAAUAACAUGAUAGUGUAUGUAGAAAAAAAAGUUUUGGAAGACCCAGCCAUAGCUAAUGACGAUAAUUUUGGACCAGUGAAGAAGAAAUUUUGCACCUUCAGAGAAGAUUAUGAUGAUAUCUCCAAUCAGAUAGACUUUAUCAUAUGCUUGGGAGGAGAUGGGACCUUACUUUACGCUUCCUCACUUUUCCAGGGUAGUGUACCUCCAGUUAUGGCUUUUCAUCUGGGAUCUCUUGGAUUUCUUACUCCAUUUAAUUUUGAGAAUUUUCAGUCUCAAGUCACUCAGGUUAUAGAAGGCAAUGCAGCACUUGUUCUACGAAGCAGGCUGAAAGUGAAAGUAGUAAAAGAGAACAGAGAGAAUAUGACAAUACAAAAUGGUAUAGAAGAAAAUGGAGUCGUGUCUGCAAAUACAGAGAAAGAAGUGGGCAAGCAAAUUAUGCAAUAUCAGGUCCUAAAUGAAGUUGUAGUGGAUCGUGGUCCUUCUUCAUACCUUUCCAAUGUAGAUGUCUUUCUAGAUGGGCACCUUAUAACCACAGUGCAAGGGGAUGGAGUCAUUGUCUCCACGCCGACUGGUAGCACUGCAUAUGCAGCUGCGGCAGGAGCUUCUAUGAUUCAUCCAAAUGUUCCUGCAAUAAUGAUCACCCCAAUCUGCCCUCACUCGUUGUCUUUCAGACCUAUUGUUGUUCCUGCUGGAGUGGAGCUCAAGAUUAUGCUUUCCCCAGAUGCAAGGAAUACAGCAUGGGUUUCAUUUGAUGGAAGGAAGAGACAGGAAAUAUGCCACGGAGACAGUAUUAGCAUCACUACCUCUUGCUAUCCCCUUCCUUCGAUCUGUUUCCGAGAACCUGUGAGCGACUGGUUUGAAAGUUUGGCUGAGUGUUUACACUGGAAUGUUCGGAAGAAGCAAAAUAACUUUGCUGUUGAAGAAGAAGAAUUUUAAGUGUCUCCAUCUAACAAGACUCAUGGGAAUGGAAAGUAGCAGUAUCUCUUCUGUUAAAAUAUUUGGGUUUUAAGUUUUUGGCUAACAUGUAUGGACACCAAGACAAACAUAUACAGUGACGUACCUCAUAUCAGUCUGAUCUGCCGAUGGCCCAAAAAUCAUUGUGCUACUUCCUGUCCACCAGGAAAAGGAAUGGAAGAAAUUAGGCUCUGAUUGUUGUAAUCCAAAUUUAAUUUCCUUUAAAUGAGAAAUUUUGAAAUGGAUUAUUUCUGAUGGUAUUGACAAGCAAGUCUGUAGAUGUGUUUGUAACCAGCAACAUGCCAAUAACAUAGUAGACUGUAAGCAGAUACAUAAUAGAAUAGUGGUAUUAAAAUAUUUGAUUUGGUAUAUUUUUAAUUCCAUUUUAAGAUUUUUUCUGCAUCUAAAACCUUUAAGGACUUUUCUUUUAAAAUAAGCUGUCUGUUAGCUUAGAUAUAUCUUGCUCAGAAUGUCUCCCUAUCAAGACAGCACUUACAAUACUUUCUCCUUAGUUGCAGACGUGACAAACUACGAAGGAACACCCAGGAAUAUGUUUUCUAUGAAUAGAUGGAACUUAAAAGGGGGGGAGGAGGGGGAAAAAAAAACUCUUGUGCAUAUUUGAUUGAACAGUGUUUGGCCCUUGGCUGUAAUCACUGUAUAAAUAUCCAAAAAUAGCAUGAACAAGUGUUAGUGUGGGCUGACUUGGGGGUACAACGAUUCUCAUUUUUGUGGCGGAGCUAGUUUGUAGCUCCGCAGUUUCUGUUGGUGGGAAUCGUCAAUGUGUUUGAUUUCUUAUUGUUUUUGUUUAAUUGUCUGGAAUGAAUAAUACUAUUAGAGACUAGAGUUAAAAAUUUCACCAUGUGCUCAAGAAGAGUCUGGACUUGAAUUACUGCUAUAUUGUCUAGCUCCACUGUCUUGAAGAAAAAACAAUAUCCUAAACUAGGUCUUCAACAUUCACAGAUACCGUCUUCCAACUUUGGGUGCUGAGUAAUACGGAAGGGGAUACUGCAUUGAUAGGCUGAUCAGUGAGAAUACACAUUCCCAGUAUAGUAGCAAUGGUGCCUUCAGCACACUCAAGGUAUUCUAAGUCUCAUAUGUACUUUUUAAAGAUGCUUUCAACUGUUUCUAACUUCUCGAUGUACAUAUUUUAUUGUACAUGCUUUUAUGAAAAUAAGCAGUUUGGAAGAAAGGGGUUUGUACUGUAUGUUAACUGAAAAAAUAUCAACCCCACGUAUGUUGUUUACAUUUAUGUUCUUUUGGUGCAGUCUCUUGGUGAUACUAUCCAAACUGUAGCAUUUUCAAAGUGUUGCUGCAUCGGCCAUUAAAGGAAUGGACAUUAUCCGUUAUAUUUACAACCUACACCAUAAUAUUGUGGAGGAAUUAAUUUCUUACUGAUUAAGGUGGGAUUUCUUUGUAAGUGGAUUGAGAAGCUCUGUUGAACUCUUCAUGGUUGUCUUACGUUGUUUGUGUGGUCCAAGGCAGUAAUGGGAAAUGUAUUAAUUUCUGAACUCUGCAUAACCUGCUGUCCUCUGAUGAUUUAAUGAAUGUAUCUUCCUUUUUGGAUACUGCACUAGUCUAUCUAAUUUUAUUAGAUCAAGAUGAGAGCACUUUUCCAUAAAGCAGAAGCAAGCUCUCAGUUAGGGAUACAAAUCACAAUGAAGUUGUGUUACUAUAAUACUCAGUUUGUAAAUUUUGUAAAAUAGAAUAUUAGUUUAAUUUAGUCUAAACAGAUAAAUUUUAUGAUAUCUUGGAAAAUUUUCAGAUAGCUUUUGGGAUUUGUCUUUCAGUUCAAUCUACAGUAAUCUGUAAACUGUUUUGAAGUUGCUUACGGGUUUUCUAGAUGGAAUAUUCAGUUAUUAAAUACCUGUUUACUUUUUGAGCCUAUAGAAGCAUCAAACUUUUUGCUUUGAAACCAUUCAUUUUCUUAUUUAAACAUGCAAUAAUUGAGACAAGGAACAGGGUACAGUGGUUGUAUGAAUGUAUUAAGUGAAAAAUAAGCAGGAUACUAGGCACAUUAGGAAGUGGAAAUCUUUUUGAGGUGAGGUGAAAUGAUUAAUGAGCCUUAUUUAGUUGUUUGUUUUUUUUUUUUUUUUAA